AUGCCGAGCACUACCUCUAAACACAACUUUCUUGAUAAAAGACAUAGCAUCACUCCGCUUCUAGGAUGGUCCACAUUUAUUAUAUGCCUAUCAGCUUUACAAUUUGGAUAUCAUUUAGCUGAACUAAAUGCACCUGCAGAUGUGUUGUCCUGUAAUUUCAAAAAACCAGGACCUUUACCUUCAUACAAAGAUACUGUUUGGUCCCAUUUCCAUUUCAAUCAAUGCAUAAAUAUGACAGAACAAGGUGUUGCUCUAAUCACAACAAUGUUUACUAUUGGUGGUUUGCUUGCUUCAAUAAUAUUGGGCAUUACAUCAAUAUCUACAAAUUAUGGAAGAAAGCACUUGUGUAUCAUUUCUGCUUUGUUCUAUGUCUUGGGAUCAUUCUCGAUGAGUUUUAGUCAAACCGUUUGGCAGAUUAAUCUAGGGAGAAUAUUUAGUGGGGUUGGUGCUGGGAGCUCGUUGAUUGUAUCUCCAAUAUUAAUUAAUGAGUUGGCACCUCUCAAUCAUAGAGGGUUAUUGGGUUCAUUAAUGCAAUUAGCUGUGUCAGUAGGAAUAUUUGUUGCACAGAUUGUAUCAUACGUUUACUCCAAUGACCAGCAAUGGAGGUUGAUAUUUUUAGUGGCAGGCUUAAUUGGCGUUGUUCAAUUUGUUGGUUUGUUGACUGUCCCUGAGUCCCCCAAAUGGUUAACCAUGGCAAAGAAUGAUGUAGAACGGGCUACAUUCAUAUUAAAGGGGUUGAGAUCUGAUGAAUCAACAGUGAAUCAUGAAAUCCAACAUUGGGGAAACUUGACAACAAAUAGCUCUCCUGAUGAUGAAGUUAGUCUGUUGUUAUCUGAUGGCUCUUCACUGUCACAAAACCUUCCACUGAUUCCAACUAAAGAUUUUUUUAUGGAACGAAAGUAUCGCAAGCAGAUGAUUGCUGUUGUGUUGAUUAUGACGGGACAACAGCUAGUUGGUAUAAAUGCAAUUACGUACUAUGGUGUUAAAAUUUUAAAUAAACUAUUCAGCGGAUCUAACACUGGAAAUCUUGUCUUGGUACUUAACUGCGUCUUUUCCGGAACAAACGUGGCAGCAUCAAUUGCUGUAGCUCCGUUAAUUGAUAAAUGGGGAAGGAAGCCGUUACUAAUGACAAGCAUAACAAUGUGUGCAGUUUGCACUACCAUCUUGGCCGUUGGUAUACCAAACAGAUACGAUAUUGCGGUUGUCACAGCCUGUAUUGGAUUUGUUACUGGAUGGGCAUUGGGUUUGGGACCACUCCCUUUCUUAAUGAUAAGUGAGUUUACUGGCCAUGAUGUUGUCGCUACGGCUCAAUCUUUAGGUACAGUUAUGAAUUGGGGUUCAAAUAUGUUGGUAGCGAUACUCUUCCCAGUUUUAACAGAUACUUUUGGUAUUGGGAUGGUGUUUUGGGUUUUUGUUAUAAACUCAUUGGUGUAUGGUUUUGGAUUCUACCACUAUGUUCCUGAAACUAAAGGCUUCACUCAUUCUCAUGACGUGUGGGAGCGUUUUUCAUAG